AUGAGCAAUCGCAAACGAUCGCGAUCUGUUGGGGAGGAGAAUCGCGCAGAAUGUCCCUUCUCAAUUAAUUACGCGAAUAAUCCAUCGCGCGCAGAACAAGAACGUCAUAAAAACAAGAAGCGGAAGCGCGACGGCCAAGAUGACGAUAAGCGAGUUCAAAUCCAAAUUUCACCCUUCUCUCCAACGGGAAGCUUCAAGACCCAUGACACGAUGGACUUGUAUUACACAGUUGAGCCUGGCAAGCGAUGGCAAGAUAUGACGCGCUACAAUAGCUUCGUCCUUAAUAGCAUUAAAUACUACAGUGAGGGUUUCGUGUAUGUCGCGAACGAAACAACGGUUGAGCAUCAGAAGGCCCAGAACGAACAUGGCGACUAUGAGAAGAGAGAUAACAGAGAAGAAUGGGUAGCGCGCAUCCUCGAGAUUCGAGCCUCCGACGAGCACCAUGUCUAUGCCCGUGUCUACUGGAUGUACUGGCCUGACGAGCUACCUCAGGGUACUAUCGAUGGCAAGAAGACUGUUCAGGGCCGCCAACCAUACCAUGGCCGCAACGAACUGAUCGCGUCCAACCACAUGGAUAUCAUCAACGUCGUCAGUGUAACGGCGCCCGCUUCCGUCAACCAAUGGAUAGAGUCAGACGACGAGGAGAUCCAGGACGCUCUAUAUUGGCGCCAAGCAUACGACUGUCGUAACUCGCAGCUCUCGUCGGUUGAUAUCAUGUGCAAAUGCCAAACCCCUGCAAACCCGGAUAAAACACUUAUAGGAUGUACGAGUUCGGAAUGUGGGAAAUGGAUGCACCGCGAAUGCAUGGUCCAUGACGUACUCAUGAAGGUUUUCGAACGAUUGGGCACCGACAAACCUCACCGGACCGAGGGAGCGACUGUCAAAGAAGAAAAACCCGAAGAAGCAACACGUCCCCUUUCGCCCACCGAUGCCGAAGAAAAAGAGACACAGCCAACGAUCGACGUGCGCUCUGGCGAGACACAAGAUAAUGUUCACGUGAAGAAGGGCAUGCGUGAAACGCCCAGAGACACCGAAACUCCCACACCUGGACCGACACCAGCAAGAUCUAUCGCUGCAGCAUCAGCCAAAGGGGCGAACAAGAAGGGUCGCAAGAAGAAGACUGUAGAGAAGCCUUACGCAGGGCUCUUUGAGGCUACUCUCAAGAUGCAAGAAGGUCCUACGGCUUGGGAGAUCCGUGAUCUACGCCCAAAUGUAACAGGUGGCGACAAGACCUGGACUGAGAAAGCCCAUUGUCUUUUGUGCGAUAGCAGCAUCGAAUGA